AUGCCCGUCUCCCCAAUCUCCACUUCCAACACCCUCACCUUGACUGCAACACUUACUCAAUUGAUUGAGUACUUGACCGCUCCCCUUCAUGCUUCAUACCCACGUUCCACCGUCGCGGCUGCGAAGGUUAUCCUUCAAACCCACUUCUUCUCUUUAAUUACCUCCGGAACAGUGGCACCGUUCAGCAUGAUCCUAUCUUCUACUUUCCUGCCUCCAGCACCCAUUUUGGCUGCUUGCAUAGCAUCUGGUGGUACCCUUUUGUGGGUCGAUUGGCUAUGCUCACUUUCCGGCGGCCAAAACGUUUUUAUCUUCGUCAUGGAAGGGUGCUUGCAGGCUCGCAUUGGAGAUGAGGGCGAUCUCUCCACUAUUUGGUCAGCGCCUUCCGAUGAACCCACCCAAGUUCUUUCGAUUUCCAAGACGGUCGUGAAGAAGGAACAACAAGGGGGUGGAGCUUCCUCCAUGACGCAGAAAUUGAACCAGUUGUUAGACUCCGUUCGUGCCAGAAGGGCAGAACCUGCACCUAUCCGGAUCCCUACUUUGUUGUCACCCAGUCCAUCAGAGGAUGAUUCGGAUUCCGAGUCUGACACCGACUCGACUGCGUCGUUCUCAUUCUCUGCUACCUCUUCGGAUGCUGAGACGUUGGUUUCGUCCCCUGCCACCCCGGAGAGUGGGAAACUUGGCCUUCCGGUUGUCGUUGAAGGUCUUGACGACGACUCCAAGCCCAUCCCUGCCUACCGUCUUCCUUCCUCCCGCACCCAAUUGCAACGUCAUGCUGUUCUUGACCGGUCGAAGAAGGAAGUCACUCGUUAUAUGUACCAGGGUGGACAGACUGGUGUCAUUACUGGUGGGGUGAUGCUUGGUGGUGGGAGCUGUGAAGCAAAGACUCAAAUGACCAAAUCUCGACCGUUCACACCAAAGAAAGCAGCUGCAGCUGGCGGUGCACCUCGCCGCUUUUCUCCUAGAUUAACUCAACGAAAGACCAACGUAAUGCUGGGUCCUGAUAAUGAUGACAACUGGCGCCGUGGCAGUCCACGAGUUUCCGCUUAA